AUGGAAGCUCCUCUCUCUCCACAGCAAUCCAAUGUCACUUUAUAUGGGGCCAUGGCUUUGGCCAUCAUCACCCUGGAGGUGUUUGCAGGCAUGUGGAUAAAUGCUUUUAUCGUUUGUGUGCUUUGCAUUGCCUGGGUGAAGAAGAAAACCCUGAACUCUAAUGAGAAGAUCCUACUGCUGCUGGGAUGCUGCAGGAUUCCCUUUUUAUGCUUUGCAUGGGUAUACCACUUCAUUUCAAAAAUUUAUCCUAAUUUCCUACUUGUUCAUACCAUACUACAACUCCUUGCAUCUUUUGCAACAUUUUUUAAUUAUUCCAACUUGUGGGUCUCAGCCUGUCUUUGUGGUUUCUACUGCAUAAAAAUUGCCAAUUUCAGGAACAGCUUCUUCAUCCACCUGAAAGUAAAAAUUGACAGAAUUGUGCCCUGGCUCUUGUUGGGGUCAGAGAUUUUAGCCUUGGCUAUCAGCAUCAUUACGUAUGUCCUCAAUGAAACUCUGCUGCGGAACAUCACUUCCACCAGCCAAGGAAAUUUUUGGGAAGUAACUAUCAGAAAGGAUAAACAUCUUUUCUCUUCCUAUUUUAACCUUGCUGGCCUUGUAUUUGCUGCUUCAUUCAUGGUAGUCAUCUUUGCUGCUGUUUUCCUUCUCUUUUCUCUCUGGAGACAUAAGCGCACAAUGCAGACAAACUCCAUGAAGGAUCUCAGCAUGGAUGCCCACAUCAGAGCCAUGAAAUCUGUCCUCUCCUUCUUAGUGAUGUACAGCAUCAACUUUCUAUGUUUGGUCUUGGCAAUAAUUUAUACCACGAAGAAAGAAAAUAUCAUGGCACUCCUUGUAUCCAUUUAUUUGUAUGCCUUUCCAGGUGUUCAUUCCCUCAUUCUGAUUUUGAGCAAUCCCAAGCUGGAAAAGGCACUGCUGAAGAUUCUCUCCUGUGUGAAAUGUGAGUUUUUUUCCAGUAGGAACUGUGAUAGAAGCUGGAGUCCAUGCAAAAUGCUGGCGUUUUACUAUAGAAAACAAGUAAUUUAA